AUGUCCUCUCUUUGGGAGAAAAAAAAAUUUUUUUCUAACACGCCUCUUAGCCCUGAAUUGGUUGCAAAGCUCGGACGAGAUUAUACAGUCUACGCGUACGACUAUUCUGAAUAUGAAACUCCCUUGGUCGGUCAGGGAAUGCUUUCCUGGGUUUUGGCCUCUGCCUCGCCAACGCCAAAUGCCCCCGCACACCAAUCCAAGACCAUUGUCACGGGACGAGUUUGCAAAAACACUGGAUUAUUCGCUAGAGGUGCACAGGAGACCCUUGAGGUCAAGCUCCGUCUCGUCCCUGUACCAACUGUUCUCCAGAGUGAAUAUCUUGAGAGUAUGCAAAAGUACCGCGAAUUAAGCAAUCUCAUACCACAUGAUUUUGACGCUCAGGCCUGGACAGCCUUCCUGAAAUCAAACCCUGGGCUACUUUCGGGCAGCAGCUCAUCCCAGAAUGCAGCUGAAUCAGAACACACACCCCUGGACAGAUCAGGCCUGGAGAAGUUGCAGCAGCUCUUAAGCGAUGGCUCGACGCCACGUGAGCUGCCUACUGUUGGGCCUGGGAGCUUCCGCGCUGAUUCCCCAGCCCAUUUCUCUCACAACCCCCCAAGCCGUGCCUCAACGCCAGGAGUAGCUAUGUCUACAAACCAACAAAAGAGACCCGUGGACGAAAUAAAUCGGCCUGGGUCAAGAGCUUCUAUACUCAACCCAGAUUCGUAUAGGACUUCUAGCCGAAGGGGUUCUAUUAUGUCCAACUACGGCAGUGGGGAUGAAGCCACAGAAGGACCAGCCCCAAAGAGAGCGAAACUGGUUCGAACUGAUAUUUCUGGCGACGUGAACACAAACAUUGAACGCCAACCUAACUCCCUCCGAGUGGCCGCAAGCACGGCUGCGUCUGUAAGGAUUCACCGCCCAACACCAAUUACUCAGACCAGUCACUCGCUGCUAUCAAACGAGGAACCCGUUCGACCACCCACACCCGUGCCAUCACUUACCCAAGGUCCCACUCGCCGAAAUCGAAUUGCUCCCAGCAAUUUGCGCCGUCAGUCCUUGGGCCGAUCUGACUUCUCACAGAACUCUCCUCUGAUAGCCCCAAUGCCCGUGUCGAAUAGCCGCCUGGCUUUUGACUCACAGGCCACAUCUCCGGAGGAGCCUCAGUACGGCAUGUUUACCGAUACGCCUUUUAAUAUGCCUUCAUCCCCUCCUAUCAUGGAAACCAAUUACGCCCAGGCUUCAAGCCCCGGUCUUCCUCCAUUGUCUGACCAUGACUCAGGCUUCUUGAGUGCUCAGUUCGAUUCGUUAAUUGAUGACGACGCUAAUCAAAAUGACCGGAUAUUACAACAAUCCACAGAACAAACCAAAACAAUGUUAGGUAGUGCUCAGCUCGAAAGCUCUGCUGGGGAUUCUGCUCCGGUACUCCCACCCCAACCGCCCAGGAUGUCAAAUUCACGCCCCUCUUCGAGAGCUAGCAUGAAAUCCGUUAAAUCUAUAGCGCCUGCCACCCAAAGAGCUAGUGUCCCGGCUAGUGACCCCAUCAGGCCUCCCCAACCCUGGCAACCACAAACUCAACCACUCCAUCCUCUAGCAAGUGAAUUCCCUCUUGUGUCCACUCCUGGCUCAAGUCAGCACAAUUCCAAACCUCGCAGCGGAGCUGGUGCUAAACGGACGAAACAAGUCCAAGCCCGUCUCGAGCAAUGCAUCCGCGAAGGCACAGUUCCUCCGUAUUGCGAAAACUGCGGUGCUAUUGAAACUCCGACCUGGCGUCGUGCCCACUCGAAGGUUAUUCCAGCAAAUGCUGAGCAGGCUGAAGCGUAUAACAGCGAUCCGACUAUCCUUUUCUGGGAACCGUCUGAACCUGAAGAGGACGGCUCCCAUAAUUCGAUCAAGAUAUAUAAGAAAUCACUCGCCCAUGAUGAUUUAGACUUCGUUCAACUCCUCCUUUGCAACUCAUGUGGAUUAUGGCUCUACAAAUUCAAGAGCAUGCGUCCCGAGCACAAAUGGCACAAAGUCGUCCCAAAAGAAAAGCCGAAACGAAAAUUGAAACCCAUAAGACCUCAACCAUUGGAGACUCGCGCUCGGCGCAAGGCUCGUAACGCUACAGGAACAGAGUCCUCGCCAGGCCCUUCAGAUGCUUCAUCUCCGGAAGGCGAUGAGGGUGCCACUACACAGGCGGAGAAUGAUACCCAACCAGAAGUUGAUGCUGAGGCCAAUAAAGGUAACUCAAAGCAGACUGAGAAAGUGAGGGCCAGUAGCGCUGAGCCACUUGAGUCAGCAGAGAAGCAUGAUCGUUGGCGCGACCAAGAUCCGUUCGAAGCAUUAAGACGAGCCAUUCAGUCCAGCCCUGCUAGAAAUAUGAAUUCGUGCAAGACCCAGUUCUCAGAGGCACAACUCACUCCCAAGCCAGUUCGUAGAGCAUUGUUCCCUUCGAAUAAAGAUGGCGAAUCCAUGAGGUCUCUUAGCGACUCCGUGAUUAAUGGCUUACGUCGAAGUCCCCGAUCAACCCACAAGAAACCAACAGGGCCGUUAGGUCAAGAAAACGUUCCACAAACCCUUGCUGAUGGCCUUGAUCACCUUUUCAGGGAUGCAGACGAUGACAACACGCUGGAUUUCCCUGGUAGCCCAACUCCAAAUCGUCGGAAUAGGUCCAUCCGGUCCAAAAAAUUACACGAUGCUAUAACCAAUGCAUCCCCAUCCCAGAAAGCGGCUCGCGCUCUAACCCAGGGCUCGAAGGAUGACAGCUUUCAACCUGACUCGACAAGCCCAUCUAAAGGGCUCGAUACUUUGGAUAACAUGGUUCUUACUUUCUUGGCCUCUGAGGCGGAUUCGUUUGCUCAUGCAGACUCCCUAUUCCAGUUCGAUGCACCGAAAACUCCCAUCAGUGAUAGCUGGGCAAACUGGGAUCCGAAUGACUGCAUCCCUCAGAACGACCAAACGUCUAAUCUGCCUCAGAAAGACGUUACUUGUACCCCUAAGUCGAGGGACAAGGCUAAAUCAGGGAAUAACAAUCCCGAGACUCCGAGACGCGCUCGCAGUGUCCCGCCCAUCUCACCUUUCAAGUCUUUGCUUGAUAGCGAAAUCAAUGAGAUUUCAAAUCUUCCAGAGUCAGAAAUAUUUGACCCUGGCUCUCUUUUUGAUUCGCAUUUAACGAAUUCAUGGUCGAAGGAUAACACUAAUGCUUCCCCUCGGGCUAAUGGCGCCAUGGAAGGCCUUGACCCAGCCGUCUUCGCGGCAAUGAUUCAAGAAAUUCGGGAUUCUGCUAGAAGUCAAUAA